UCAACAAUAGCUCGUCCCGGUCACGCUCAUUACUGCAACGUCCGGUCUAAUAGAGAGCGCGGACGCAUCGAGUUCACCGUCUGUAGAUGCCGGAACCCAGCCAACCACGGCCAGGCAUUCUGCAGUUCAAAAUGGUUCCCCGAUAUAUAUGGAAGGCUAAUUUCAUGGGAGGCGGGCGCGGACCAGAUUUUGGAACUUGUGGGAAGAGAAAGCCUCAGUCGCGCGGAG